AUGCAAUAUGGACCUCAACAGCCUCUCACCCCAGGAGACCCAGAGAUUUUUGGUAGUUGUCCUGUGUCUAUGUGCAGUCCAGGUCAUCAACAGGUUGACAAGAUAAGUGAUGAAGUGCCCCAAGACACCAGAUGGAAUGACGUAGCAAAACGCUUCGCCUCCAAGUGGAACUACUUCAGUUGUGUGGGAGCCCUGGAUGGGAAGCACAUCACGAUCAAGAAACCCAAAGGUGGAGGAUCACUGUAUUUCAAUUACAAGAAGUUUCACAGCAUCGUCCUCAUGGCCCUCUCCGAUGCAAAGUACAAGUUCCUGUUCGUUGACGUUGAUGCAGAAGGAGGUGCUGGGGAUGGAGGAACCUGGCAGAAGUGCAACCUGGCCAGGGCCAUCGCAAACAACCGAGCAGGACUCCCACAAGACAGAAAUCUGCCCAACGACGACGAACCCAUCCCCUUCCACAUAGUCACCGACAAUGCCUUCGCUCUCAAUACGUGGUUGAUGAAGCCCUACUCCCACCAAUCACAAGAUCCCACCGAACGAAUAUACAGCUACAGAUUAUCUCGUGCUCGUCGUGUGGUGGAAAACGCAUUCGGCCUGCUGCAGAUGAGAUGGCGAGUCUUCGGGACGACGAUGCAACAGGACGUACAGGUGUGCAACAAGAUAACUUUGUGCGCAUGUGUCAUGCACAACCUGGCACUCCAACGCUACCCAUGUGCUGGUACUGACGUCGACCAUGAGGACCAACACCAUAACGUUGUACCAGGCACUUGGAGGCAGGAGUUGCUGAACCUCAUGGAACGACUCAUGGCAAGAAGGGGACCAAACUACACACGUUGA